AUGUUUUUCACAUACGUUGUGAGGCCGGGAGAGGCUCCUGAGGGCCGCGGGCCUCAGUUUGAGCCUUUCUGGAGUUUCAUUGUGAACUACAGUCUUCGCCUGGGGGUCUUCAUGUUGCUCGGUGGCUAUAUUUGCCUCCUCAUGACGGUAUCUGCGGGAAACAACGAUCCUUUAUCUCUUUUAAAUGUUCUUAGAGCAGUUCCUGAAACUGCUGGCAAAUGCCCUCUAUGGGCUGCACAGCUAGGCUGCGGCCUCCUCAUCCUGGGUUACCUGACGGUCUUGGCGUUUCAAUCCACUACUGACGACGACAGCAGAUCUAUCUUCUUCCUUGAAACCUAUCACUCGGAGGGUGCUGGAGAGGCCUGGGGUUGGCUUGGCGCCGUUUGCUUCAAACUCACAGCCUUCUCAGAGUUUGCAGCUUUGGCUACCUGGGGCAGUUCAUCUUUCCCUGUAUUGGAUGCAGUGUAUACGGUGAUGCUGGGUGUAUCUUUGGGUGUAAUGUUUAUGUGGGCGAUGUUCUUUGAGCCUGUUAGUCAUAGAUUUGACGUGCGUCUGACUCAAUCAGCAAUGAGAAAUGAAUAUUAUAAAUCUAGAAACGCAAUGGCUUACUACGGCCCAGCUGUUGUAAACGCAGACGGAGAGAUAGAUAUUGCUGCAGCAGCACAACAAGCACAGGCCUGUCUCAACUGCUGUGCUUAA